CACACGUGUUCCGCGCGCGCGCGCGCGAUGUUCCUUAUCCGCGCAGUUUCGUUUACGACAAUUGGAAUAUCGUGCGGAUAUGUAAAAAUACAAUAGAACGGAACGGGCAGAUAAGAUUAAUUUGCAGUGUUUUAAGCAUGAUAAUUUUAAUUAUAAAGCGCAACACAAUGGCACGGUUGACGGAGGCUGAUCUAAACUAAAUUAACAUUCGUGUGCGUGUGCUGUGUACACAGGCUGUACCCGGCAUAUUCAUGAGAUGAGUGGCAAAGCAAGGAGACGUUCGUGACGGAAGGUUAUGGGCUAAACUAACUCAUCUCUAAUCUCUAAGUUUCUCUUUUUUUAAAGAGAAAAUAUGGGCAACUUCACGGGUGACAUUGUGAUUUGCCUGCUGCUACUACUUUCAGUCACAAUCAUAUUUGGAACCAGUGAGAUCAUCAAAUUGUUUACGAACAACAAAGAUGAGAUCUUCAAGACAUCUACCUACAGUUGGGUCGUUCGAUUGUGUUUAAACGUAUUGGGAUAUGCCACUGUAUUGUUGCCAGGUUGCCUUAUAUACAAAUAUGUGCGUUACACAAAAUAUUUUCAAAAAAAAGGAAAAAGUUGUAUCUCCAAAUUGGCGCACUCGUGUUUUGUCGGACAUAGCGAGACAGGUCUCUUGGAUUCACCUUCGUACACUCCUAAUACUUCCACUCUUGUUCAACGUACUUUUACUCAAGAUGCUCUACUCCUGAUAUAUUGUUUCUUUGGACUGCAAAUCAGUUAUCUUACAUGGGGCUACUUACAAGAGAAGAUAAUGACUCAAGAAUAUGAAGAUGCUUCUGGCAACAAAGCGCAAUUUCAAGACUCGCAAUUUCUGGUGUUCGUAAAUCGUAUUCUCGCCUUUCUUAUGUCAGGAUUAUAUUUACUUAUUCGACGUCAACCACAACACAAAACACCAUUGUACAAAUAUGCAUUUUGUUCUUUGUCGAAUAUCAUGAGUAGUUGGUGUCAAUAUGAGGCUUUGAAGUAUGUUAGUUUUCCCUCGCAGGUUCUGGCUAAAGCUUCGAAAAUUAUUCCGGUCAUGGUGAUGGGGAAAAUAGUCUCGCAUACAACGUACGAAUAUUACGAGUACGUUACAGCGAUUCUUAUUUCUAUUGGCAUGACUCUCUUUAUGCUGGACAGUGCUGAUCGUAAAAACGACGGAGCUACAACACUGUCCGGUGUUAUUCUACUGGGAGGUUACUUAUUAUUAGAUAGUUUUACAAGUACCUGGCAGAAUGCACUUUUCGUAGACUACGGUGUUACGAGCGUACAAAUGAUGUGUGCUGUUAAUAUGUUUUCCUGUUUAUUGACUGCGAUGUCCUUAUUUCAACAAUCGAGUUUUCCGCUAAUAUUCUCUUUUAUGACAACGUAUCCUAGGUUUAUAAUCGAUUGCUUACUAAUCUCCAUUUGCUCGGCGAGCGGCCAGUUGUAUAUCUUUUACACCAUUUCGAAGUUCGGAUCAAUUACGUUUGUUAUUAUGAUGACUAUUCGUCAGGGAUUGGCGAUAUUAUUGUCGUGUUUGAUCUAUCAUCACGAAAUCACCGUCAUCGGAAUAUUCGGCAUAUUGUUGGUAUUUGGUUCAGUAUUUUUACGAAUUUAUUGCAACAAUCGAUUGCGCGCAAUCAGAAGACGCAGAGCCGCGGCGAGUAGUAUAAGACAUUGAGAGCUGUGUCGUUUAGGCGGAAUUCAAACAAAUUAUAUAUAUAUAUACGUAUAUAUAUAUAUAUAUAUAUAUUGACAUAAACGUAGAGAAUUCUAUUGAAUAUUUAUUGUAAUUGCUAUGGAUUACAGGAUAAAAUUUCGCCGUUGUAAUUGAAUCUGAAACUAUUUUCAAGUUACUUCAAGAAACUUGAAAUCUUAUUCUGUAUUUCCAUAAUCAAUUCCCUUUCUCGUAAUCUAUCCACUAUAUUCCCGAUAGGCUUCGAUAGAUUUUAAUUGUACGAAAACAAAGGAUAAAAAAAAAUAUUUAUCAUAUAUUUGUGCUCACACGUACGUUUAUGAGUACAAAGUAUAUUUUGAGUGACAGAUACUCGAAAAGAUUUGUGAUUUGUGAAAAAAGUAACUUUGACAUUUAUACUAUAUUAUGUAGUAUAAUAAGUACUGCACACAUAUAUACUAUUACAUUUUAUUAAGAAAAAAUAUUUUGAUAUAAAUGCAUAUAUGUGAACAAACAUGUGUACGGGCAAAAGUUUCUUUUUUUUAUUAGAAAGACAUUUGAACACACACACACACACACAAAAAAA